GGCAUCUCUUCGUUAUAGAAGAUAUAAAUACGGUCUUAUCCUCCGAUUUUAUAAGCAAAUCACAAAACAUUUUGUUUUCUUUGUCACUAUCUCUCUCUCUCCCAAUCAAUCGCUCACUCAAGCUCUCGCGAAGAUGGAUUUCCACAGCCUUCUCAGAAGAGACCUUCAAUUUCUCUGCAAGAGGAACAAGAUCCCAGCCAACAUGACCAAUCUCGCCAUGGCCGAUGCUCUCAAAUCUCUUGAGAUCGUUGAAGGUCUUGAUGAAUACAUGAACCAGAACGACGCCAAUGUUCUUCAGUCUCCAGCCAGUGUAGCCAAGCUGCCGCCGAGUACUGUAACCAGAACAACUCGAAGGAAGACGGCGAUGAAGGCUGAGCCUCAGUCAUCAUCACAGUUGGUGAACCGUUUGAAGAGCAAGUCUCUUGAUGGAGAAAUGGAACAAGAACAGAAGACUAACAAUGUCAAGUUUGAAGCCAGUGUGGCUAAAACUCCUGCGGCACGAAGCACAAGAAAGGCUUCGGCAGCGGCUUCUUGUAAGAGUAAAGUUCAGGAGAGUAAGAAGGGUGAGUUGGUUCAGUCUGCGUACAGCACGAGGAGAUCAACCAGGCUGUUGGAGAAAUGUAUGGCUGAUUUGAGUUUGAUGACUAAAGAAACAGAGCAAAAAGUAUCUGCUCAGGAGAAGAAUUUGGAUGGUUCAGAGGAGAGAGUUGAGGAAGCUGAAGUUAUCCCCGGAAGAGAUUUAAGUGCUUCCAUGGAGAAAGAAUGGGAGAUGUUGAAGAAUGACAGUGACCAGGUCACUGGAGGUCUUGAGAUAUCUGUUGAAAACACUGAGACCAUGGAAGUUAUGACUGAUGAAAAUGAAUCCGAGAACAGUUUAGUCCAAGGAGACAAACAAGAAGAAACAUUGCAGGCUAACGAAGCUAUUUGUGAGGAAGGUUUGAAGAAGAAUGACACUGAUCAGGAGAUUAUAGAUCUUGAGAAUUGUGGUGAUCUUGAUGAGUUUCCUGUCUUGGAACAUGCCAACCUCGAGACAAACAAUAAUGAUAAAGAGUGGAAGGACAUUCAAGCUUUCGAGAGUUUAGGACAAGUCGACCAACUUGAGAUAGAACAAGCAGUCCAAGAGAAUGAUUCAGAGCCUGGGAAAGUCAACAUUUUCCAAGAAGAAACAGUGGUCGACCAACAUGAUGGUGAUUCAGAAACUGAACCAGAAGAAGAUGAUUUUGGUGUUGACUCAGACGGCACAAUCUCUGAAGCUGAUUCAAACCAAGCCAACCAACAAGGGACAGAACAGACGGUUCAAGAGAAUCAUUCAGAGAUUUUGAAAAUCAACACUUCUGAUGAAGACAUAAUGGUGGACCAAACUGAGGGUGAUUCUGAAACUGAACCGGAAGAAGAUGAUUCUGGUGUUGACUCAGACGGCACUUUCUCUGAGGCUGAUUCAAAGAAAGCCAACCACCAAGAGACAGAGCAAACGAUUCAGGUGAAUGAUUCAGAGACCGUGAAAAUCAACACGUUUGAUGAAGACACAUGCGUGGACCAAACCGAACUGGAAGAAAAUGAUUCUAGUGUUGACUCAGACGACACUAUCUCUGAGGCUGAUUCAAACCAAGCCGUACAGGGAUCUGAUAUCGCUGAGGAAGAGAUGAUUUUAUCUGAAUCAGAAGGUUCUGUAACUGCUCCAACUUCUCCUUUGCUUCUGCUUGAAGAGGCUGAAGUCAAAACAGCUCCACUAUCUCCAUUCGCAGCAGAAUCAAUCUCAGCUCAGUUUCCAAGACCAAACAAAUCAGCAGCAACAACCCCAUCAAAGAACUCGGCUAUGAAGCUGGUCAGUGUCGACAACAAUAACAAGGAGAACAACAUGGAGAUGAUGGUGAAUGUUAAUGACAAUGGAGAGAUCAACGAUGAGGCUAAGAAGCAGAAGAAGAAGGUGGAGUUCGAUGAAGAGAACUUGAAAGUUGUUAGCAUAAGGCAACUUGUGAAGCUGGUGAAGGAGCUUUCUAUAAAGGGCAGUAACAACAGAACAGCAUUGCAGAUGUUGCCUGGUAAUAAUCAGAUUACAGAGUAGUGUGGUGAAACGGUGAUUCAACAAUGCGUUUAUCUUGUUGUUGAUGUUAUCUCAAACAGAAAAAAAAUGAAAAUCUAUGUGUUUCGUUUGAUGAUGAUAAUUUUGGUUCGAACAAAAUUUCAAAUUAAGAAUUUUUUUUUUCAAA